AUGCAAUUUGCUGCCUUGCCACGUCGCUACAAAUAUGAGACUAUCUUGGGUGAUGUGAAGGCAUCCAGGACCAGCAAAUGCAGCGAUACGUCUAGUAGCAGAGUGGUGGCAGUCAGAUUUGUUCAGGAAGAAUUUUACAUUUCGGAGGAUUCGAAGGCAAAAACGUCAGCUGACUACCCGGAAGGUGACCGAGUGAAGAUUGAUCGGAGCAAAGGCGUGUAUAUAGAGCAGAUCUCUUUUCUCCUUGGGCUUAAGAACCAGUAUUUGCUUUCAUACGACAAGCUGACUUCCGGGAUUGCAACGGGGCGUUUUUAUCUCCCCAUGACAUUUGUUCGCGGAGGAUCCCUUAGAGAUUGGAUGGUCGAGCGUAAAGAAUCCAAAACCCCUCUGACCCCGGUAGAGCUGUGGAGACUACUGUCUCCGGUAAUUUCUGCUCUUGCCUACCUUCACGGUAGUUACAAAACAGAGAAGUAUACCACUGCUGCUGGCACCCAAAAACCAAUCCGCCAACUUUAUCACGGCGGCGUACACCCUGGAAACAUUUUGCUUACGGAAGGAGGCUCUACGCUUCUUACUGAUCCAUGCAUCUGCCGCACGGCAACCAUGAGCACUUUUAUUCUGGAUUUGGAAAAUGCUCAGAAGCAACGGGACAAGUUCAAGUCCAUUCAAGGGUACCUGUCAUACCUCGCUCCAGAGGUGUUGCAGACCUACAAGCAUCUUCCUGCCUCCGAUAUAUGGUCUCUGGGCAUUAUCGCCCUAGAGAUGUUCUCAUCUAGAAAGCCUAAAGUACCCCCAUAUGGGCCAGAUGCAGUAGACUACUUUUCCACUUGGACCCCGCCGGAUACCUCGUCUUUUCCCAGUGAGGUAGCGUAUUUUUUAGAAUCUACUUUGGCUAUUAGACCGGAAGACAGGAUUACAGCCGGAGAUUUACUUCAACUGCCGUUUAUUCAAAGGAUAAUGCAAGAGAAGAUAGCCGGACGAAGUGUAACUGUAACCAUAGCAGCCUGUGGCGAUGGUGUCAAUGGAGGCCUGUCUGGUGAGCAAAAGCAGCCAGUGACUACUUCACUUCCGGCAUUGACUGCAGAAGACUUCAAAAGAAUGUUUCCAGGGGAAAAGGUGCCCAGCUGCAUCCUUAAAAGGGAAAGAGAUCUACAAGCUCAAAUACAGAAUGGUGACAGUAAUCUUCUCGAUUCAACUACGUCCGGAGCUAAGAAAAAAUCUAGUUCCAAAGCACGUGGAUUGAAAAUCCCGGGAAAUUAUAAAGAUACACAUGACGGCCUUAUCAAUGCAAUAAAGGACAACAAUCUGAAUGCCGUCAAAGCUCUUGUAAGGCACGCUAAGAGCUAUGAUAAAAAUGGACUAACUGCAAUGGCCCAUGCUGCCAUCCUAGGUCGCUCAGAAGUUGUCGAACUUCUUCUUCCCCAUGAGGGAGGAAUGCGGCUGAAGUGUGACAGAGAUGUGGCAAACCUUCUCUAUUCAUCGCCGACAUCAAUGAUGCUUGCCGCAUCCGAAGGCAAUGACGCAGUGAUUAGGGUGCUACAAGACUGCGAGGCUCGUGCAUCAACUGCGAAUCAUUGUAGAACAGCCCUUAUGGCUGCUGCUGCGUGCGGUUAUCCGUCGAUUGUCUCCCUGUUGGUCAAGGACGAGGCACGGAUGACGACAGAUAAUGGUACAACUGCUCUGAUGCUUAGUGCAAGGGGAGGGCGGCUAGAAUGUGUGAGUAUUUUGGUACAACAGGAGCACGGAUUGGUUGACAGGUGGGGCAACUCCGCUCUAGUUUUAGCCGCAGUUAAUGGUCAUAUGUCUUGUGUAGAUGUCUUGGCUGAAUACGAAGGUGAAGAAUAUGCGCGGCGUGCCAUAAGUCUUGCCCCAGAAGCUAACAGGGAGGAGCUCACUGCUAAGCUUCUAACGUACAUUAGUGCACCUCCUCCCGCAAAGAACUCUCUAGUUAUAGUUUAG